AGCCCGGCAGAGGCGAGCGGGGCCGAACGCGGCUGGACGCGAGGGGCGAGCAGCGAGCCGGGCGCGGAGCCCGCCGUCGGCACCGGCACCAUGGAGGAGGACGACAGCUACGUGCCCAGCGACCUGACUGCCGAGGAGCGGCAGGAGCUGGAGAACAUCCGGCGCCGGAAGCAGGAGCUGCUGGCCGACAUCCAGAGGCUGAAGGAUGAGAUAGCGGAAGUGGCCAAUGAAAUUGAAAACCUGGGCUCCACAGAGGAGAGGAAGAACAUGCAGAGGAACAAGCAGGUGGCCAUGGGCAGGAAAAAAUUUAACAUGGACCCUAAAAAGGGGAUCCAGUUCUUGAUAGAGAAUGACCUGCUGAAGAACACCUGUGAGGACAUCGCCCAGUUCUUGUAUAAAGGCGAGGGGCUCAACAAAACAGCCAUCGGGGACUACCUGGGGGAGAGAGACGAGUUCAACAUCCAGGUUCUCCACGCGUUCGUGGGCUUACACGAGUUCACCGACCUGAACCUGGUCCAGGCGCUGCGGCAGUUCCUGUGGAGCUUCCGGCUGCCGGGAGAGGCGCAGAAGAUCGACCGGAUGAUGGAGGCGUUCGCCCAGCGCUACUGCCAGUGCAACCCCGGCGUGUUCCAGUCCACGGACACGUGCUAUGUCCUCUCAUUCGCCAUCAUCAUGCUGAACACCAGCCUGCACAACCCCAACGUCAAAGACAAGCCCACAGUGGAGAGGUUCAUCGCCAUGAACCGUGGCAUCAACGACGGCGGGGACCUGCCCGAGGAGCUGCUGCGGAACCUCUACGAGAGCAUCAAAAACGAGCCCUUCAAAAUCCCGGAGGACGACGGCAACGACCUCACGCACACCUUCUUCAACCCGGACCGCGAGGGCUGGCUCCUGAAGCUCGGAGGUGGCCGGGUCAAGACCUGGAAACGCCGCUGGUUCAUUCUGACCGACAACUGCCUGUACUACUUUGAGUACACGACGGACAAGGAGCCCCGGGGGAUCAUCCCGCUGGAGAACCUGAGCAUCCGGGAGGUGGAGGACUCCAAAAAGCCCAACUGCUUCGAGCUGUACAUCCCGGACAGCAAGGACCAGGUCAUCAAGGCCUGCAAGACGGAGGCGGACGGGCGCGUGGUGGAGGGCAACCACACCGUGUACCGCAUCUCCGCCCCGACGCCCGAGGAGAAGGAGGAGUGGGUCAAACGCAUCAGGGCGGCCAUCAGCAGGGACCCCUUCUACGAGAUGCUGGCCACGCGGAAGAAGAAAGUGUCCUCCACCAAGAGACACUGAGCGCGGGGACGGCGCCGCCCUGCUCCUGCUUCAGCUUCGCCGUUUGUUUCGAGUGGGAGCCGCAGGGCGGGCCGCUGGGCGGGCCGGGGCUUCUCUCCGGGAAGAAGGGAGCUCCGGCAGAGCCCGCGCAGUCUCCGCUCAGCCGCCGCGGCCGAGCCCCGGGACAGUGCCGCUCGGGUUCCCGGGAGGAAGCCUCCAGCCGCUCAGGACCCGUGCCUCGCAGUGUCACGUCGAGAACGCGCAGGGAGGAGAAGCCACGUCCCAUAAAGAUACAGUUUCGGUUUUGUUUUUAAAGAGGAAGACGAAGCAGAGCUGUACGCGUGCAUCCUGCCCGUCGGCGGGGAGGCUUCUCCCCGGGCAGCUGCCAAGGGCAUGGGCCUGGGCCGGCGGCAGAGGAGCAGCAGGGACGUGACCCUGGCACACCGUCUGGGCCGCCGUGUCCCGGGCACCGGGAGUGCUGAGCGGGGAGCACCUGCCAGAUCCUCCUGCUGCUCGGCUCUCGGCAUCCACGCCCGCGGGGCUUUAGAAUAGAAAGCGCGUUUCUGCGCUCAGCACCUCAUAACCAAACUGUGCGGCGGCCCGCGGAGCCCGGGUGACGGGAGUCCCGUGUGGCUCUGCUUUCCCCGGCCAGGCUCCUCGAGAGGGCGGCCUCCCCUCCCGGCUGCACCUUCCUGCGCACCCCUCCCUGGACACGGGCCCUGGUCAGCCCGCGGGGCAGGGAGCAGGGCGGCAGCGGCCGUGCUGUGGCUUCGCUGUCCCUUCUGACGGGGCGGGCCCCCCUCCGGCCUGUGGGGUGAAGGACCGGAGCGGCCUGGCCCUGCCUUCUCUCAGGGACCGGCUCCUGUCGCCCGCAGCCAGACCGGAGGGCGCUUGCAUCUCUGGAAAUAGCUUUCGGAAAAGGGCAGGUGGGAGUGGGAGGGGCUCUGGGGCCCUCAGUGAUGGGCAACCUUCUGAGCUCGGUGUGUCAAACUUCGCCAAAAAACUGAGCAUAACUCGGGUGGUGUGUCACUUUGAGGAAAAAACUAACUCCAAGACUCUAGUCGCAAGUGUUUCAUCCUCAGGAGCAGCAAAUGUUUCAUCCUCGGCAUGCGGCCGCGUGUCCUCAGAAAUGGCCUCGCGGGUCAGUGCUGACACGCGUGUCACAGGUUCGCCAUCACUGGGAUAGGUCCUCCCUGGAGUGGCUUCAGGCGCUUUUACGCCGGAGCCCGUGAAGGCGACAGGUCGGCUGGAACCUGAUCUUCAGGCCGAGCGGAGUCCGGGCCGCCUCAGGCGGGCCGCAGCCCUCCCCCUGCCGGGGCGUCAGUAUUAGUCUAUUUAUCAGAGGUGUAAAUUAUCAUGUAUAGUUUUCUCCUUUCAGAUUAUUUUGUAUUUGUUUAAAAAAAGUUUGUGAAAAUAUAAAAUAUAAAGAAAGCUGUUGACAGGGUUUUUAAAGAAUUAUAAUUAUUAUCCCAGUUGUUUUGUUUGGUUGGGCUUUUUCUUUGUAAACUAGCGCCAAGGAAGUGCAGCAAAUAAACUCCAGUCUGCCCGCG